AUGCCGCUCUCUCUUGCCGAGGCUGAUGGUGGACCAAAAUCUCGCAUGCGGGAAUUCUUCUUCGAAGAUGUUCGUGAAGAUCUUCUACUAGAAUGCCAACUGUUACUUCUUUCUUUUGCGACAGGAAUUCAGGAUGCUGCCACCUGGCCCGACUAUUCCUGCUUUGCAUCGAAUCAAACAGGCAAUACCCUCUUCCUUGCCAUUGGCGUCGCAGGCCUCACAGGAAACGCAUAUAGUUUCCCUAAUAUUGGCGUCAGCUUAAGUCUCUUUGUGAUGGGUGGCUUGAUAAUGGGACAGUUGGGUAAUUUCUUUGGCGUGAGGCGUCGACUCUGGUUAUUGAUCAGCAAUCUGAUCCAGACCUUAAUGGUUUUUGGAGCUCUUGCGAUUCAACAUCUAUGGCCAAUAAAACGCGAUGGUCCCGCUGCUCUUGGGGUCAUUGCAUUAUUGGCUUUCUCCUCUGGUGGUCAAGUUGCUAUGAGUCGCUCCUUGAAGAUUACUGAGAUAACCACGGCGAUGGCCACUGCAGCCUUUGUGGAUGUGGUUGUAGAUCCAGAUUUGGUUAAACUGAAGAACAGACUGCGAAACCGCAGAGUGAUGUUUUUGGUCAUGUUGACCGCUGGGUGUUUUGUUGGUGCAUUUGCACAGCGAGAGCUCAGUUCCAAAUUCCCUAUCUUGUUGUGUGCGGUUGGAAAAGUCUUAGUUAGCACCGCGUUCCUGUUUAAUCGGCCCAUUGACCGAUCUACCUCUCCUUCCAGCUCUAUGGAGAAUUUGAAAGUGUGA